CAUCUGGGCUAAGCCGGCAGGGCUGCAGAAUGGAGCUGCGACCCUACCAGUGGGAGGUGAUCAUGCCUGCCCUGGAGGGCAAGAAUAUCAUCAUUUGGCUGCCCACGGGCUCUGGGAAGACAAGGGCAGCUGCUUAUGUGGCCAAGAGACAUCUAGAGACUGUAGACGGAGCCAAGGUGGUUGUAUUGGUCAACAGGGUGCACCUGGUGACCCAGCAUUGUGAGGAGUUCAGCAGCAUGCUGGGCGGACGCUGGACCAUUACAACCCUGAGUGGGGACAUGGGGCCACGAGCUGGCUUUGCCCAUGUGGCCCAGAGGCAUGACCUGCUCAUCUGCACGGCUGAGCUGCUGCAGAAGGCACUGACCAGCCUGGAGGAGGGGGAGCAUGUGGAGCUCAACGCCUUCUCCCUGCUGGUGGUGGAUGAGUGUCACCACACGCACAAAGACACCGUCUACAACGUCAUCCUGAGCCGGUACCUGGAGCUUAAACUCCGGAGGACCCGGCCGCUGCCGCAGGUGCUGGGUCUCACAGCCUCGCCAGGCACUGGUGGGGCCUCCACGCUCGAUGGGGCCAUUGACCACGUCCUGCAGCUCUGUGCCAACCUGGACACAUGGCGCAUCAUGUCACCCCAGGACUACCGCUCCCAGCUGCAGGAGCACAGCCGCCAGCCCUGCAAACAGUACGACCUCUGCCACAGACGCACCCAGGAGCCGUUUGGCGACAUGCUGAAGGAGCUCAUGGACCAAAUCCACGACCAUCUGGAGAUGCCCGAGUUGAGACGGGACUUCGGGACGCAGACCUACGAGCAACAAGUGGUGGAGCUGGGCCGGAAUGCGGCUGAGGCGGGGCUGCAGGAGCGGCGGGUGUACGCGCUUCACCUGCGUCGCUACAACGACGCACUGCUCAUCCACGACACGGUCCGUGCGGUGGAUGCCCUGGCCACUCUGCAGGAUUUCUACGACAGGGAGCGCACCACUAAGACCCAGAUCCUGCGUGCCGAGCGCUGGCUGCUGGCGCUGUUUGAUGACCACAAGAGUAAGCUGGCCCACCUGGCAACUCAUGGCCCAGAGAACCCGAAACUGGCGGUGCUGGAAGAGAUCUUGCAGAAGCAGUUCAGGAGCCCUGACAGCCCGCAGGGCAUCAUCUUCACCCGGACCCGCCAGAGCGCUCACUCCCUCCUGCUCUGGCUCCAGCAGCAGCCAGGCCUGCAGACAGUGGACAUCAGGCCCCAGCUGUUGAUUGGGGCUGGGAACAGCAGCCAGAACACUCAGAUGAUCCAGAUGACUCAGAGGGACCAGCAAGAAGUGAUCCAGAAGUUCCGGACUGGUACCCUGAACCUCCUGGUGGCUACGAGUGUGGCAGAGGAGGGGCUGGACAUCCCCCAGUGCAAGGUGGUGGUGCGCUAUGGGCUCCUGACCAAUGAGAUCUCCAUGGUCCAGGCAAGGGGCCGUGCCCGGGCCAGCCAAAGUGUAUACUCAUUUGUGGCGGCCCAAGGGAGUCGGGAGCUGAAGCGGGAGCUGACCAAUGAGGCGCUGGAGACUCUGAUGGAACGGGCAGUGGCUGCUGUGCAGGAGAUGGACCAGGCCAAGUACCAGGACAAGAUCCAGGAUCUGCAGCGGGCAGCCUUGGUCAAGCGGGCAGCCCAGGCGGCCCAGCGGGAGAGUCUCCAGCACAAGUUCCUGGCAGAGCACGUGCGGCUCCUCUGUGUCAACUGCACGGUGCCCGUGGGCUAUGGGAGUGACCUACGGAGGGUGGAGGGUACCCACCACGUCAACGUGAACCCCAACUUCUCGAUCUACUACAACAUCUCCCAGGAGCCUGUGGUCAUCAACAGAGUCUUCAAGGACUGGAGGCCUGGGGGUGUCAUUAGCUGCAGGAACUGUGGGGAGGGCUGGGGUCUGCAGAUGAUCUACAAGUCAGCGAAGCUGCCAGUACUCAAAGUCCGCAGCUUGCUGCUGGAGACACCGCAAGGGCGGGUCCAGUCCAAGAAGUGGUCCCGCGUGCCCUUCACCGUGCCUGACUUUGACUACGUGCAGCACUGUGCCCAGAGCCUGGCUGACUUCUCCCUGGACUGACCGUCUUGUCCCUGCAGUGCCUGCUGUAGCCUGCAGGGGGCGGGAGAAUCCACAGCAGCCUGGCAGACUUCUCCCUGGACUGACCAUCUUGUCCCUGCAGUGCCUGCUGUAGCCUGCAGGGGGCGGGAGAAUCCACAGAAGCCACCGUCUCCUGGGCAAAGCCUGGGUCCAGCCCCUCCCUCCGGAGUCACCAGCUCCAGGCUCCCGGCUGACCAGCCACAGAGGAACCCUGGGCACCCAGGCUGGCUUGGACUCCCACACUCAGGAAGCAGCUGGAGAGCCACAGCUCAUCCCAGACCCCCCUUAACAUGUACACAGACACCUUCGUAUGCAAUGGAUGGAGCUGGUGGGGGGAAACUGAGGCAGAAGAAUGGCCCCACUGUACUAGGCAUCGCCAGUUUCCCUUGGCUUCAACAUUCCUUCCCUGCCAAGGCCACUUGUAUUCUUUGAGAUUCUCCAUAAAUUAAAAAUA